AUGACGUCACCAGUUGCUAAAUACAACACAACACAACGCAGCAGUGAAAAGGGACGGUCGCUUAAUAUUUGUGCAAAGAUGGAGAACAGAAGGGGAAUUGUAUUAGGAAAUAUUCACGUGGAGUUGCUGAAGAGAUUAUCGCGAGAGAACCCAAAGAUGGCUAGAAAAAUUAUGCAUAUAAUUCUAGAUCAUCAUAAGAUAAAGACGAAGCUUCAUAGAGAGUUAUUGACAGCUGUCAAGCAGAGGAGUGUAGUUGAACAAAGGGAUGGCCCCGUGGAUGCUUUCUUCAAGUUAAGGGAAUCCAAUGAAAACCGAAUGAAAGCUGUCCGAGAUACCAUGCUUAAAGAGAAAAGGGACAGACUGCUAAAAGAUGUUUUCGUCCAAUUAGUGAGGAAAAUCAGAGCACGGAGAAAUCCUGAUGUGGCUAAAAGAAUCACGAUCAUGCUCCAAGAAAACCAUGUCAAUUUAAUGCUGAUCCAAAAAGAGCUGUUGAUGAAAGUGAAAGAAAAGGAGGAAAAGUGUCGGGCAAAGAAAGAGAUUCAAGAGGAGUUGUUGACGAAGAUAAACGAAAGAAAAGUUUGGGAUCAGAUCAGACGACUGGGUUACACGGACCUGAUGACAUGCCAGUUAGAGAAACCUGUCGAAGAUGGAGACUUCCUUCCCAGGUGUUUAUUUAUGUUUGGAGUUGACACUUUCAAAUGUACUGCAAAGCCUGAAAAUGAGUUAAAUGUCCAGGAACAUCAUGAAAGAAACAUCAAAUUGGACAAUGGAAAUCAAAGUUCAUCCCCAUUGGUCACAUGUGCAACUGACGUCACUCGCGAGAGUGUUUUGACAUCCAACAAUAAGGUCAAAACAAGCCAAAGGCUGAGCUUUGCGAACCGCGUCAGACGGUUUUUCGGAUUGAGAUAGAUUCAUUCAGCUUCUUAAACUUACUUGAUUUAAAAGAACUGAAUCGAUAUUUAACAAUAAUACGCUGUCAAACUUCAUUUGAAGAACUCCAUAUAAUGCCAUUUUGUUUUAGAGUGAAAUUUGCUGA